AUUAACUCGAACGAGGUGCCAUCGAAGCGACACAAGAGAUGAUGAUGCCACCAACGGGGCCUGGACCGACAUUGCGGCGCCUGCAAGCUCUCCGGUCUGGCAAAGAAACGUCGCAGUUGCUGCCGUUGCUCCAGCUCGUGCACGACGGAGUACAAGAAGUCGUGAUGGUCCAGCCGUUGGAUCCGUUCCGAUACAUGGCGUCGUACUUGCAGCACAACAUGUCCCUGGACGCGGAGCUCGAAGAAGUCGCAUUGACCAAGGAGCUCCACCGCAAGCAGAUCGCGUUGGGCAAACUCCGCUUGGAACUAGCACAUCUUCGCCAUGUUCGGGUGCACGCCCUUCGUGACUGUUUGGUGUGCGAACAAGACUUGCGCGUCGGCGAGAUGGAGACAGUCGUGACGGCCGACGACCACGCAUUUCUACAGCCAGAGCCGCAGAAGAGUCAGGUGGAUUGGACUCCGCCGACAAUCCCAAGCCACUUUGACGACGAUGCAACCACGACCAUCCAUAUUCUUGACAACAAUCGAAGCGCUCUUGAGUAUUUCCUGCCAGAGUGCAUAGAUGCCAUUGUUCAGCUCGGGAAUGUCAAGCCACCGGAUCCAUUGCGCUGGCUGGUACAGCACUUUUACGCCAAGUCCAGCGCAGCCGAGUACGAGCUCGCCGCGCUCAAGGCGACCGUGGGCAGCUAUCGAUGGUACAUCGACCAGGUCCGCGGAGAAGUGCCGAUCGCCGAGGCCAACGCGUGUGCUGCCAGUGCGAAGCAGCAAUCCCUGCGCGCUCAACUGAGCGAGCGGAAUCGGUUGAUUUUGCAUCUAAGUGUUACGCACUUGGGCCCACGCACGGAUCGCCACAUGAAAGGAAAGCAAGUGCUGGUGAAUCGAGAAAAGCUGUGGAUUUCGCCAGAACACAUCGAACCUAUCGAUCAGUUUACACCGUUUCAACUGCACGCACUUCACCGUGCCGAAGCGUUCUUGAUGGAGGCAGACGAGGUCGCGCUCAAGACCAAGCUCCAGUUCGACCUCGAGUACCAAAGCAGCACAAAGAUCCAAGCCACGUACAAGUGCCACGUGCUGUAUCGCAUGCAUCAACAGGUCAUGGCAACGCGGCAUGCGGCCGCCGCGCGUAUUCAGCGCGUGUACGAGCGGUAUUUGUACGCCAAAGCGAUUCAACUCCCGCCUUGGUGCGUUCUUGGACAGCAAGUGCUAGUCGCCAUGUCGAUCGCUCGGCGCGCCGCAAUCUGGUUUCAGUUCUAUGCGGGCAAGGACUUUGCCGCCGGCAACUUUACGACGCUACCGCCCCCACACAGCAUCGACAUCCUUGAAAAGAGAUGCCGCCAAGACGACAAGUGCGCUGCGUUUGCGUCCGACGGGUCGCUCAAGCGAUUUGUGCCGCGACAACUGUCCCAGCUCCAUGCGCUCAAGGCAACGGACGGUCGCGAAAUCGACAUGGCGGUCGACGGGCUCUACGUCAAGCGCAUCCCACAGAACGACGACGAAGUGACGACGCAUGCUAUUGUGACGAGCCUCCCGACCGACAAAUUCGGGCCCGUCCGCGUUGUUUUUGACGGAACCGGGGUUCCAGAAGACAUUCCAGUGCAAAAGUUGAGUGUCCGGUGGAAGCGAACGUAUGAUUUUGAGACGGACACGUGGCAUUUUGUGGACGGCGUGACGCAGGCGAAGGCGGCUACUGCGCCUGAGCCAUACGCGGACGACGAGAGCCGACGGCGCGAGAUUGACGCGCGGAAGCGAUCGUACGCGUUGGAGCGGGAUGCCAACUACAUUGCCAAGAAGCUCCAAAGCGCCAUCACGUUGCAAUGUGCCUACCGCAAUCGAAAAGCCCGCCAGUUAUUCCGGUACAUGCUUGCUCUCCGUGAAAAGGAAAAGGAACAUGCCGCCAAAGUCGAGCAAGUCGCUGAGGAAGUCGCCAAGAAGAAGAAGAAGCGGAGAUGGUGGUUUGAACGGAGGUAG